AUGAAUCCUCCUGCGAGGAGCACCAUCUCUCUCAGCCCUCCGAUCACCUACCACGGCUUGAGUCCGAUCGGCAACAAUAGAUCCAGAUCUGGAUCGACUCUGCCCAGAACACCAAAUCGCCGCCCACGCCCAGAACUCAGAAGCAAAGAUGACACCAGAUCAUGCUGCCGCACAACCGCGCCGCACCUCCUCUCCACACCUGCAGACGUCCACAAGCUGCGAAGGGCAGAUCGAGAACUCACAGUCCGACCCGGAAAACCAGCACCUACCACCUUACCACGGCCACGUCUUCGCCUGAGCCCCCCGUCGGAAUGCGAAAGAUCAACACAGACCCGUCCGACGACGACGUCCCAAGCACGCGCCGCCGGACGGAGCAUCACUCUCUGUCAGGGAAACCAGGCGCGUGAGGCGCGUUCUUUUUCUCUCUUUUUUUCUUUUUUCUCUCUGCCAAAAAAACUUGGCUUCGUACUGUUAAUUGAUUUGUUUUAUUUGAGUGGACACCACUCUGAAGAAGAAGGUUGUGGAGAAAAUGGCCAUUGCCACCGGCCACGAGCUAGGAGCGUGCAGCUGAACUUGAGGGAAAGAAUAUCCUGGAAAUCGACCAUCCCAAAGGUCCUUUCGGCACAAAGAUGGACAGGGAGAUAUGAAUCUCAUUUAUGGGACAAAAGGUCUUGGCAUCCAACAGAAAGGAAGAAGGGAAAGAAAAUUUAUCUGGAUAGACAUAUCUUAAAUCAGCUAACACAAUCAUAA